AUGACUGCUACAACCACCUCCCGAUCUAAACUUUACUCGCAAAAUAAGGCAAGGCGCCAAAAACAAGGCCGUCGCAAAUCCAACCUGAUGAAAAAAGCUUGUGAAUAUAGUAAGAUGUGUGACGCAGACGUUUGUUUGGGUAUCCGGCUUCGGGAGACGGGCCAAGUGUUUCUCCUGUCGGAUAGUUCAGGGUUUUGGGGGUUCCUUGGCACACAGCUAGGCUCUUACUAUCCGACCCCAAAUUUAGUCACAGAAAAGGACUUGGAACGGGCUGGAAAGAGCGAUAUUGCACAAUCUGAAGAUGACGUCACACUCGAGGGCGAGAUAACUGCAAAUAAUCAGCAAAUGGACGGUUAA